AUGCAGUCAGGAAAGAAGCUUCACUCACUUUUGCAGUGCUUCAGCAGUGACGGCAGCAGGUUCACGUGCUGCCCGGUCGGCGUCAGCUGCGCUCAGCCCGGUAGCGUCCCCCGGUGCGUUGGCUUUGCCAGCUUAGCAGACGCGCCGACCCCCAUAACCCCUGCCCCAACCACUCCCGCCCCGACCACUUCCGCCCCAACUACUUCCGCCCCGACCACUUCCGCCCCAACUACUUCCGCCCCAACCACUUCCGCCCCGACCACAGCGGAACCGGUGACUCCUGCCCCGACCACUCUCGCUGCCACCACUGCUGCCCCGACCACCCCCGCCCCGACCACUGCAGGCCCGGUGACUCCCUCCCCGACUUUCGUCACCGGAAGCGCGCCGUGCAACCCUUUCUCGCCCAACCAGUGCUUCAACGCGGGGGGAUCCCUCUUCACCUGCUGCGCCGGCGCCUGCUCCUCGACCCCGGGAGAUGCUCCCGUCUGCGCUUAA